GUGCAUCAAUGGGAGGCUGUUUCUCUGUCUCAGUGUCAUGUGAUCAAGUGGUGAAUCAAGUCUUCCAAUGUCUAUGCCUCAAAGGAAGUUAUAUCCACAACCUCCCCCAGAAUCUACUGACUCUCCAGAAAGCCAUGGGAGCUCUCAAGGCGAAGAGAGAUGAUGUUCAAAGGAAGGUAGAGAGAGAAGAGUUUACUGGACAGCGCCGAAGGCUUGAUCAAGUCCAGGUCUCAGCUUGAAUAUCAGUAACCGGAUCGUUAUGACUUAUUGAUAAACUAUACAAUACAAGACCCCUCAGUUUUCGGAGGCAGCGUUAUUCGACAACCUUAUUCGUUUAUUCCCCCCUCUCUCUCUUUCGGUUGUGAAGCAAUCGGAGGCUGUUUCUCUGUCUCAAUGUCAUGUGAUCAAGUGGUGAAUCAAGUCUCCCAAUGUAUAUGCCUCAAUGGAACUUAUAUCCACAACCUCGAGAGAAUCUAGCAAGACUCACACGAGACAGUGAGGCUCACAAAUUAUAGCAAGAUUGGGAUUUAGUGACACACGAGACAGUCUGGUUCCAAAACGUUUUCCAAAUUAUUACUACUAUUUUGAGUUUGAUGUCCAAAUAUUUAUAUAAUAAUCUACAAGAUAUGAACUCCGUUGUCCACAUUGUCCAAACGUUGGUAACGUUUUCUUGUACUAUGGUAAGCAAAGUGGCAUGAAUCUCCUACAAUGACUCUGUUUUCUUGAGCAACAAGAAAGAGAAUGAAGAUGGAAACAGAGGCUCUGUUUUUCAUUAACGUCGUGUUAAACAAUGAUAUUACAAGAUUAAUAACUUAGAGGAAAGUUAUUUGGGCCCUAUUAGAGGAAAGUUAUUUGGGCCCUAAUAUUAUAGCGGGCUCUGUAUCCUCUACGUAAGUCGUAACCAAAAGAGAUGUACCGGGUGACGGUACUCAUCGGUGCCGGAGAUUCACUCGGUGGGAGGAAUCAGAAUCUACAACACCUAUCUUCGAAGGUACUGCCAUUGUUUUUAACAUUUGGGUAUUCAAUUAGCUUCGCGUUUUAGGCUUCACUCCAGCUCAAUUCACAUUCUUUUUCUUAUCCUCUGUUUAUUUGUGCAGAGAUGGGAGGUUGAUUCUUCUCUAUCAAAGAUGGAUUAGAGAUUACGUGUGUAUGUAUGUAUGGGUGAAGUAGGCAAAAAAGUUCACUCCUUUCAAGCUAAUAGAUGCUAAGCCUCACUUGAAAGUCCACAAAUCUGUAAGAUUAAAGUUAAGAUUUUUGCCUACUCCUUCCAUACCAAUACAUACACUUAAUCCUGAAUCCAUCUCUCACGAGUAAACUACUUGAGUCUAAACCCUGAAUUGAAAAAAAUAUGAUGCAACCAUAUGCAUAAAGUGACCCUACAAAGCAAGACUUUGACUCGCUUAAACAAUUUCCACCAAAUUACAAGGUGGAGGAGAGGAGUUAAGAUGCUUCCUACCUUUUUCAAGUUUAGUUGCAAGUCAUCAUGAUUCAUUUGCAUUUGUGAAUCUGUCUUUUGUGUAUCAAGUGCAAGAUGGGUGGUUGUGUCUCUGUCCAACCCCAAGUACCAUGCGAUCAAGUGCUGAACCAUCUCGGUAGCUGCUUCUGCAGGAAACUUAAAUACAUACAAAACCUCAAGAAGAAUCUUGUGGCUUUGGAGACAGCCAUGGAAGAUCUCAAGGCGGUGCGGUCUGAUCUGCUACGGAAGGUGCAUGCAGCAGAAGAAGGAGGAGGUCUACAAAGGCUUCAUCAAAUCAAGGUGUGGCUUGAGAGAGUCGAGUCUAUCGAAUCCCAAUUCAAUGGUCUAUAUAGUACUAGAGAUGUUGAACUUAAGAGAUUGUGUUUUAAUGGUGCUGGCCCCAAGAAUUUAAGAUUGAACUAUCUUUACGGAAAGAGGGUCUUCAAGAUGUUGAAUAUGGUUAAAGACUUGAAAUCUAAAGGGUUUUUUGAAGAGGUGGCUAGUCCUGCUGCUAGAGCUGUGGGAGAGGAAAGGCCUUUAACCCCAACGGUCGUUGGUCAAGAAACAAUGCUGGAAAAGGCGUGGAACCACCUCAUGGAUGAUGAGACUGGAAUAAUGGGCCUCUAUGGAAUGGGCGGAGUAGGGAAAACAACUCUUCUCACACAGAUCAACAAUAAGUUUGUUGAUAUGUGUGACACACAUGAUGGGGUUUUCAUAGUCAUUUGGGUUGUGGUCUCUGGUGAUCUACAACUCCACAAGAUACAACACAGGAUUGGCAACAAGAUAGGAUACAAAGGAGUUGAAUGGAAGAAGAAAAAGGAAAACCAAAAGGCACUAGACAUAUUCAACUUCUUAAGCAAGAAGAGAUUCGUGUUGCUCUUAGAUGACAUAUGGAGGAAAGUAGAUUUAACCGAGAUUGGUAUCCCUAACCCAACAAGCCAAAACGGAUGCAAGAUAGUAUUCACAACUCGCUCUCUAGGCGUAUGUACAAGCAUGGGUGUCCAUGAACCAAUGGAGGUACGAUGUUUAAGCACAAACGAUGCGUGGGACUUGUUCAAGAAGAAAGUUGGACAAAACACACUUGAUAUACAUCCUGACAUUCCCAAGAUCGCAAGAAAAGUCGCUGGAGCAUGCCGUGGCUUGCCUCUAGCGUUGAAUGUAAUCGGAGAGACAAUGUCAUGUAAGAAGACGACACAAGAAUGGUACCAUGCGGUUGAUGUUUUGAAAACGUACGCUGCGGAUUUUAGUGACGUGAAGGAGAAGAUUCUUCCUAUCUUGAAGUAUAGCUAUGAUAAUCUUGAAGGUGAAAAUGUCAAAUCUUGCUUCCUGUAUUGCUCUCUCUUUCCUGAAGAUGCUCUGAUAGACAAAGAGAGGGUUAUAGAUUAUUGGAUCUGUGAAGGGUUCAUUGAUGGGGUUGAGAGUAAAGAAAGAGCUGUGAACCAAGGGUAUGAGAUACUCGGCACCCUUGUGUGUGCCUCUUUAUUACAGGAAGGAGGGAAGUACGACAACAAGUCAUACGUGAGAAUGCAUGAUGUGGUUAGAGAGAUGGCAUUGUGGAUAGCAUCUGAUCUUGAGAAGCAGAAAGGAAGUUACAUCGUACGAGCUGGUGUGGGGUUAAACGAAGUACCAAAGGUGCAUAACUGGCAACUUGUGACAAGGAUGUCACUGGUGAAUAACAAGAUUAAAGAGAUAGAUGAGAGUCAUCAUGAGUGUCCUAACCUUACAACUCUUCUCCUUCAGAACAACCGCUGUCUUGUAACUAUAUCUGGUGAAUUCUUCAGGUCUAUGCCAAGACUAGUUGUUUUGGAUCUUUCGUGGAACGUUGAACUCAAAGCUUUACCUGAGCAAAUAUCAGAGCUGGUUUCAUUGCGUUAUCUUGACUUGUCAGAGUCAAACAUUGUGAGAUUACCGGUUGGUUUACAAAAGCUGAAAAGACUGAUGCAUCUGAAUCUAGAGUCUAUGCUGUGUCUCGAAGGUGUCUCAGGGAUAUCGAAUCUGUCGAGUUUGAAGACGUUGAAGCUACUUAACUUCAUAAUGUGGCCAACCAUGAGCUUACUGGAGGAGCUGGAACGUUUGGAACAUUUAGAAGUUCUGACCGUAGAGAUCACGUCAAGUUCGGUACUGAAACAGCUCUUGUGCUCUCAUAGGUUGGUGAGAUGUCUUCAAAAGCUGUCUAUUAAGUACAUCGAGGAAGAGUCAGUCAGAGUUUUGACAUUGCCAUCGAUACAAGAUCUCCGUGAAGUGUUUAUAGGAGGGUGUGGGAUCAGGGAGAUAAUGAUAGAGAGGAACACAAUGUUGACAAGUCCAUGCUUACCUCACCUGUCCAAAGUUUUGAUCGCUGGUUGCAAUGGUCUUAAAGAUUUGACGUGGCUAUUGUUCGCUCCUAACCUCACUCAUCUCAGUGUGUGGAACUCGAGUCAGCUAGAAGAGAUUAUAAGCCAAGAGGAAGCUGCAGGGGUUGAGAUUGUUCCUUUUAGGAAGCUAGAAUAUCUACACUUGUGGGAUUUGCCUGAAGUGAUGAGCAUCUACUGGAGUCCUUUGCCGUUUCCGUAUUUGAGUCUGAUUAAUGUACAAAACGAUUGUCAGAAGCUGAAAAAGCUUCCUUUGGAUUCUCAGAGUUGUGUUGCGGGUGAAGAGCUUGUCAUAGAGUACGGAGAUGAAGAAUGGAAAGAGAAGGUUGAAUGGGAGGAUGAAGCCACUAGACUCCGUUUCGUACCUUCAUGCAAGUUGGUUUUGUAUGAUGUUUGAGCCAGAGAUAGCUUCCAAAUGUCUUUAAUGGGAGGUUGAUUCUCAAUCUAUAUGCCAUGUGAUCAAGUGGUGAAUCAAGUCUAGUCUUUUCACCAAUGGAGUUAUAUUCACAACCUUUCUGAGAAUCUAGCUGCUCCACAGAAAGUACUCAAGGCAAGGCAAGAUGAUGUGCAAAGAAGAGUUUACAUAGCGUCGCAAAAGGCUCACUCAAGUCCAGGUAUGGAUUACUAAUGUCCUGACUACAUAGCGUCGCAAAAGGCUCACUCAAGUCCAGGUAUGGAUUACUAAUGUCCUGACCACCGAGAGUAAAAUUAUUGAUCUGCUCAGCACUAAUAACGUUGAGUUUCAAAGUUUUGUCUUUGUGGGUUGCCUUUUCCUUGUAACAGAGUGUCCAGAGCUGAGAAAGCUUCCAUUGGAUUCUCAAAGAGUAGACAGAACCAGCUCGCUUCCAAGGAUCAUGAAGAUAAUGCUUAGCUACAUCAGUGUACAUAUGUUCUCUGUUUUGAAUGGUUUUCUUGUAAUAUAAAGGAAUGUUUAAGCAAACUCAAAUUUAAUCAAGACGAGUUCAUUGUCA